AAACGCCAACAAGCGUGAGUGUGCGUGUGCGCCCCGGGCGCGGGCUGGGCAGCACUCGGACCGCGGCGGGAGACGGGCGGCCGCCUCGUCACUCCGGAGAGAGAGGCAGAGGCGGCGGCAGCGGCGGGGCCGGGGCCGGGGCUGGGUAGCGGCGGCCGCGCCGGGCAUGGAGUUGGCAAGCCCGCGCUGAGGCAGGACGCGUCUGCUAGCUGCGAGUGAGAGGCUUUAGCUGUGCGGCGUGCGGGCUCUCCGGCCGGGGCCGGAGCCGGUCAAACUUUUCUUUCUCUUUUGCCCUCUCCAGAGGCGCCUUCUGCGGCGGGCGGACCGACUCCUCGGCGCGGCGGGGCCGGGGCAAGCUGGACGCAGCAUGAUGCGCGCAGUGUGGGAGGCGCUGGCGCUGGCGGCGGUGGCGUGCCUGGUGGGCGCGGUGCGCGGCGGGCCCGGGCUCAGUAUGUUCGCGGGCCAGGCGGCGCAGCCGGACCCCUGCUCGGAUGAGAAUGGCCAUCCCCGCCGCUGCAUCCCCGACUUUGUCAACGCGGCCUUCGGCAAGGACGUGCGCGUGUCCAGCACCUGCGGCCGGCCCCCGGCGCGCUACUGCGUGGUGAGCGAGCGCGGGGAGGAGCGGCUGCGCUCCUGCCACCUCUGCAACGCGUCCGACCCCAAAAAGGCGCACCCACCUGCCUUCCUCACGGAUCUCAACAACCCUCACAACCUGACGUGCUGGCAGUCCGAGAACUACCUGCAGUUUCCACACAACGUCACGCUCACGCUGUCGCUCGGCAAGAAGUUCGAGGUGACUUACGUGAGCCUGCAGUUCUGCUCUCCACGGCCCGAGUCCAUGGCCAUCUACAAGUCCAUGGACUACGGGCGCACGUGGGUGCCCUUCCAGUUUUACUCCACGCAGUGCCGCAAGAUGUACAACCGGCCACACCGCGCGCCCAUCACCAAGCAGAACGAGCAGGAGGCGGUGUGCACUGACUCGCACACUGACAUGCGCCCGCUCUCGGGAGGCCUCAUCGCCUUCAGCACGCUGGACGGGCGGCCCUCGGCGCACGACUUCGACAACUCGCCGGUGCUGCAGGACUGGGUCACGGCCACGGACAUCCGCGUGGCUUUCAGCCGCCUGCACACCUUCGGCGACGAGAAUGAGGACGACUCGGAGCUGGCGCGCGACUCGUACUUUUAUGCGGUGUCCGACCUGCAGGUGGGUGGCCGCUGCAAGUGCAACGGACACGCGGCCCGCUGCGUGCGCGACCGCGACGACAGCCUGGUGUGCGACUGCAGGCACAACACCGCGGGACCCGAGUGCGACCGCUGCAAACCCUUUCACUACGACCGGCCCUGGCAGCGCGCCACCGCCCGCGAGGCCAACGAGUGCGUGGCCUGCAGCUGCAACCUGCAUGCCCGGCGCUGCCGCUUCAACAUGGAGCUCUACAAGCUGUCAGGUCGCAAGAGUGGGGGCGUCUGCCUCAAUUGCCGCCACAACACGGCCGGCCGCCACUGCCACUACUGCAAGGAGGGCUACUACCGAGACAUGGGCAAACCCAUCACCCACCGGAAGGCCUGCAAAGCCUGUGAUUGCCACCCCGUGGGCGCUGCUGGCAAAACCUGCAACCAGACCACCGGACAGUGUCCCUGCAAGGAUGGCGUGACCGGCAUCACCUGCAACCGCUGCGCCAAAGGCUACCAGCAGAGCCGCUCUCCCAUCGCCCCCUGCAUAAAGAUCCCCGUGGCACCGCCGACCACUGCCGCCAGCAGCGUGGAGGAGCCAGAAGACUGUGAUUCCUACUGCAAGGCCUCCAAAGGGAAGCUGAAGAUUAACAUGAAAAAGUACUGCAAGAAGGACUAUGCCGUCCAGAUCCACAUCCUGAAGGCAGAUAAGGCAGGAGACUGGUGGAAGUUCACGGUGAACAUCAUCUCGGUGUACAAGCAGGGCACAAGCCGCAUUCGGCGUGGUGACCAGAGCCUGUGGAUCCGCUCACGGGACAUUGCUUGCAAGUGCCCCAAAAUCAAGCCCCUCAAGAAGUACCUGCUGCUGGGCAACGCAGAGGACUCGCCAGACCAAAGCGGCAUCGUAGCAGACAAGAGCAGCCUGGUGAUCCAGUGGCGGGACACGUGGGCGCGGCGGCUGCGCAAGUUCCUGCAGCGCGAGAAGAAGGGCAAGUGCAAGAAGGCCUAGCGCGGAGGCAACGGCGCGCCGGGCGGGAGGGCGGGGCGCGGGCCGGGCGAGCGCGAGCGGCGCGCCACCGCCGCAAAGAGGACUUGGCCCUCGAGGGCUUUCCCAGGUGGGGGGGAGGGUGGGGGCGGGGCCACAGCCGGCACAGGGGCGGGGCUCUCGGCUGCCUCUCUCCUGGGGGCCCUGCCCCUUGCCCCACUCGGCGCGCCUCUCGCGCGGGGAGGGGUGCGCUGCAAGGCCAGGCCCUGGAGAAAUGAGGACGAGACUUAGCUACCUCACGGGCUCCUUCCAGAGCAGGGAUUUGCUUUCCUAGGGCCAGGCAGGGUCGCCGUGGCGGGGGCGGGGCAGACUGACCAGGGCCCCAGGAACUGGCGCAGAACAGUGCAGGAGGGGCCGCACCUGCAGCCCGUGUGUGGUUAGGGAGAAGGGCACGUGAGGAGGAGAACUGUGAAUUCUCAGGCCCCUAGUUAGGCCGGGGGCUCCAGCGAGUCCGGCCAAACUACCACACCAAACAUAAAAGGCCGAAAAUCCCCUCCUUUUCCCCUGACCCUUUUUUGCCACAGGACCCCCUGGUUGGGACAACCUGGGCCCCAUCUGAAGGAGCUAGGCAGGCAACUGGGGGCAGCAGAAGCAGUCUGGAUUCUCCACACAGGCUGCGGCGGGUCUCCUUUGCCACCUGCUGAAUUGGUUCUCCUAGGUGGGGAGAGGGGUUCACAAUGUUCGAGCCAGAGAAGCAGAAGCGCCUGCGGGUGCCUGCCUCUACCCAGCUGAGGUUUGGGUGCAGGCCCAGGAUUCUGGCCCAAGCAGAGGGCCAUGGACCCAAAGACACCCCUGAGAAGCUCAAGCCGGGUGGUCACUGCCUCUACUGGAGCUGCCUGUUGGAGGAGGCAUCAGGAAGGCAAAACCUCCCAGAGAGUUUCCUUCUUGGAAACUUGGAACCAGCCCCUUUAUGACAUUUUCCAGGGGAGGGGGAAGGGGCACUGGCUGGGUUUAUGGCAGUGACACUAUUUGUGUAAUGACAUCAGCUCCCACAAGGCCCCUCAAUAGUGUCAACAGCUGGGAAGGGCCUGGAUGGGCAUGGAAUGCAGGCUGCAAAGGCAGUUGGGCCCGGCUGGGGGAGGGGGCUUGCCGGGGUGGGCUUGCUGGCUCAGCAAGGUGAGGGCCCAUGCCAUGGGCAGGCAGGGUCAGGAGGGACCAGGUUCUUGGGUAUCGAGGAAACCAUGACCACUUCCUGUCACUCCCCAAAGGAAAGGACAAGAAAGUCUGCUAGAGCUGCCCCCUGGCAGCUGUCUUGGUCUAGUGUGGGCAGCACCUCACCUACACCUUUCCAGGUGUCCCCUUAGUGAGGCCUCCCAGGCUCCCAGGUAUGGCCAAACCCCCAUUCCAAAGCUUUCUAGAGAUACUGUCUUCAGGCAGGCAUCCCAGACCUUGGGGUCUGAUCGCCUGGCCCUGGGCCUGUUUCUAUGCCCUGGGGCCUACUGCCUCCCUGUCUCCCGAGCUCUCCAAGUUGCCCAGCGGCCACAGCUGGCAGGCACAGUGAGUUAGAAGCCUGGCUUCCUUCUUAGGCAGGAAAUUGGUUUCACUUUUCACUGGAGUGUGCCUGCUCAGGAGGGUCACACUAAGUUUGAAGGGUGCCCCUGUGGUCUGGCUCCCCUCUGCUGCAGCCCCCAUCCUGGCUGCCAUUUAGCCCCUGGCACUUUACCCACGUGACCUCCUGUUAUCCCCAUGACAACCCUGUGAGACAGGGAUUCUCACCCCACUCUCACCAGUGAGGAAGCUGAAGCACAUAUACCCACUAUCACCAGGCAAGUAAGUGGCACAACUGGAUUCACGUUCCAGAGCCAGACUUUGUGACCACGGGCCAUGCUGCCCCUCACUCGCUGCACACUAGCUUUGCUCCUGGGGGUCACCGCUGAGACACUGCCCCUGGUUACUGCCCCUGGCCUGGAGAAGGGAAGUGUGUGUGGGAGGGAUGGGCACAAGAACAUCUUCAGAGGUGCAGCAAGAGUGGUAGCUGAGGCUGGCUGGGCAACUCCUGGAAGUCCCAGGUUCUGGAAGGCAGGCCUUGGCUGAUAUGAGAUGCAGUGGAAAAGACACUUGGUUGCUUGGGGUGUUUGGAGGAAUUCCAGAAGAGACUGGCACAGAUGCCCACGGUGGCAGGGAGAGGACAGAAUGGCCCUGGGAAGGGAUAUCUGUGUUCCCUGAAUCCAGGCCCGUGGCUGGGAGCACAGGGACCUCUCUCCUAGUGGCCAGGCCUCCUUGGACGCCUUAGUGUUUUGCGUGCCCACGGUCCUGUGAAGGCACUCACCGCUUGGGCCCUUGUCCUGUUCCUGCUUCCCCCAGCCUGGCUUCUCUGCCCUGCCCAGAAUAGCUGUGGCAGCCCCGCCUUCUCCUGCCCGGUGUCUGAGUCACCCCAGGUCCAUGAAGGGCAGGCGCUGGUGGUCUCCGAGGCCUCUCAGCAGCCUGCCAAGCCAUAAUGUAUCUUGCUUUAAAUUCUGCCAGCCUCCAGCCUUGCCCUCCUGUUCUGCACCCUGAGAGCCAAGGCUUCCUGGUCCACCUGAUGGCCUGGCCCUGGGGAAUGUGUCUGGGUGGCCAGGUCAGCCAGGUGGAGGCCAUGAGGACACUGUUGGGAUGUCAGCUCUCCCAGGCCUUCCGCACCUCACUGCCCAGCUGGAACCGGUCCACCGCUCCCCUGAAUCCAGCCACCGACCUCAGCAGUGAGGACCCCUCCUCGGGAGCACCCUCUUCCACCCCACCCCUAUUUCAGGGUGGAGACAGAACUAGGAGUCGAGGUGUGCCAAUUUGUACAGUUAGGAAGGGAUGUAAAAUGGAACUAGAUUUUGAUUUUGAAGAGUGUAUUAACCAGAAUUGUGAUAUGUAGGUGUUUGGGAAAAAACAUACCAGAUUAGUCUUUUUUUUUAAACAAGCAGAUUUCCCAGUUUUCCUUUUUCUCACCUGCUGGGUGGUCUGGAGCUCCUGACAGCAGAGUCCCUGCUUUACUGACAUAGUAACGCUAACAAGUGGGGUGGACAGAAGGGGGAGGGGCAUAGGGCUGCCCCUGUGCUAGCCUGACGGCUGUGGCUGUUGUCCUGAGAAAGCAGGGCAGGAGGCCUCAGGUGCCGGGACACUGCAGGGAGGGAUGCCUCCAGUCCAACCAGGGAGGCUCUGAGCUGUCCCCAGGCCCUUAGUGACCUCCUGGAAUUCUGCCUCCAAAGUAGCUUGCAAGAAAUGGGUCCAGCCCCUCUUGGGUUUGCCCCAGGUUGGAAUGAGACCGAAAUCAAGGAGACUCUGAGGGGUCAGGAAAUGGCCCCUCCAGGAAACCGAAAAGUGUUGGGGUCUCCAUGUCAAAGGAAGCCCUGCUUCGAGAGAGAGACUGAGAGUGGACAAGCCAGACUCGCCAGUGGGGCUCCUGGGCCGAGGGUUGUGGCCGCAGCCAUGCCAUCCCUUAGGGGUAUCAAAUGUGUGCUCCGGGGUCCUGCCCUCUGCCCCAGCCAAGCUGCCCACUCUGGCGUCUCGGCCCUGCCUUCCCACCCCUGCUCCCCAGUGCACGGCCCACCUCCCCAGGCUCCCUCCUGGGUCUUGGGGUUCUGUUCACUCGGAAUGGUAAAUGUUUAGUUGUGACCAUGACAUGCUGUUUGGGUCAGUGUCCCUUCCAAUGCGUACUAAUAUAUUAUGGUUAUUAUAUAUGAAUAUAUUUAAUGACAUGGAAAAAGUUGUGGAUUUUUUUAAGGUUUUUUUUUUUUGUUAGAGUUGUAAUGGACCCAGAUGGAACUUGUAAUGUGGGCCCCACAUGAUAGAACUAAAUUCAAAUAUCAAUUAAAUAAACUCUUGUACACUGUU